AUGGAUAAAAUUAUCGAUGGUGGUAAGAACGUUGAAAUUCAGAAUACUUUUCAAAUUUAUUUAAAUAAUAAGACAAUCAAUGAUUUGGUGGAAGAAAAUGGAUUCGUUUUGAUACAAGCUACUUCUUAUAUGGUUAAAGGGUUUAAUUCUUCCCAAUCCAAGGCUGACAGUUCGCAACCUUCGUCACCUCCUUCUUUGAAUGUUGGAAUCCCUACUAAGGUUAUUUUGGGUAGAAUUCCUGGUAUGUCCCCUGUUCAUGAAACAUCUCAUGUUACGAUUAUUAUUCCUAUGAAGAUUGUGAAACAUUCUGGUAGUGGUAAUGAUGAAGUAAUGAAUGAGGGUUAA